GUUGCUUUUGUACCAGCGUGUUUAAAAGAAACACGAGUGCAUUUGGUUUAGCAUUUUAGUUUCCGUAUAACUUUUUUUUCCCCGAAGGAGUUUCUUGCUACUCCUUAAAAACAUAUUCCGCUUCAUAAGGAAAUCGUUAGUGCUUCUUUCUGACUUUCAGGCUGGCGAAGGAACCACUAAUCUGCCAUUUAUAAUGUCACAGGCCACCAAACGCAAACACGUUGUCAAGGAAGUUCUUGGAGACUUUGUCAUUCCUACAGAAAACCAGUGGAUCGUGAAGGUUAUUGGUAGCCGUGGUAACAACCUUCAUGAAGUCAUCACAGCCCAGGGUGAGACCUUCCUGGUGAGCAUGCCUACCAAGUUUCGGAAGAACAUCUGGAUAAAGAGAGGUGACUAUGUGAUUGUGGAUCCCAUUGAGGAAGGAGAGAAGGUGAAGGCAGAGAUAAGCUUUAUUCUCUACAAAGAUCAUGUUCAGCACUUGCAGAAACAACAGCUUUGGCCAGAGGGAUUCAUGGAGGAGCAGUCGCUGCAGCACAAGACGAACAAACAGCAGGAAAAAGAAGAGGGGACAGAGAACAAAGCCCAAGAAGAAGAGGAAGGUAGCGACUCUGAAGACGAUGAGAGCGACCUCUUUGUAAACACCAACCGCUGUAACUACCAGUAUAGUCAAAGUGAAGAGGAGGACAGCGAGGAAGACGACGAUGAGGAAGAGGAAAGGACAGAAAAGUGAUCAUGGUUGGUGCAUGGAGAAGGACAAUCGAGAGCUUGAGCUGUGAAUCCGAUGCAGCCCUUUCCUCCUCUGACUGAUUUAAUGAUUACAGAUGUUGAUUUUCAUGUAACAGCUGGCCACAUGAGUCUGUUAAUUCUGUUUACACACGAUCCCUAAAACUAUCUGUUGUGUCAAAAUGGAACAGAGAUUUACACAUAAAAUACUGGAAGCAUUUCUGUUCUCUUCAGACUCCUGUUGGCAGCUUAUAACAAAUACAGUACAUUUACUGAGUGGUGCUUUUUCUAUUCAUCCUCACAAAAUAGAUCUGCAAAUGCAUCACUGCAGGAGCUUUUUGUUGUAAUUAAUGUGUAAAUUUAAUCCCAGUCAUGUUUGAUUUUGUUUGCUUUUUUUAAACAGUUGUCAGAUGAGUUUUGAUUACUGUUGAGAGACUGUAAUUUGCUUCAGUUUCACCGGCGCUGCAUCGUCAGCUGCAGGUUUGGGCUUUUUGUAAUGCUGAUAAUCCUGUUUUUUUGCGUUCAAGCAGCUCUUUCCUCUGGAAACCGCUGGUAUAAUUACAGCCAUUGAUAUGAAAACAAACAUGUAACGUAAUCAAGCUUAAAGCUCAGCGUUUUACCUUCAUGCUGAGAGUUGCAAUGUCAGUGAAGCCAGUUAAGCAAGAUUUCUGUGCACUGUAUCUCUCUUUCCAGGCAUUGGGGGAGCUUUAGUUCAUCAGACAUGUUUCAGGGCAGGGCUGAAGAAUAAUUAUAAGCUUAUUUUGGUGCAAUGCAUUAGUAAUGACCUCUUUCAUGCGCAGGUUGAAGCAUGGUGACGUUUGUUUUUACACAAUAGUUGAUGUAUUGCUAAAUCGCGAAGAAAAGCACUGGCCCAGAAAAAUGUGCAAUGGUUGAAACUGACAAAAGGUUUGACUUGGUGGAUUACUGAAACACUGGUGUUAUAACCUCUUCAGGACAGGAUGAAUGUCCAGUUCUUCUGGUUUUGUCCUUAGCUGUUUUUUUUUUUUAAAAAAGGCUUUCAAAACCAAGAAACUCCUCGUGGCUAAGCUCUAAGUAUGUGUGUGCAGUGGUAAUAUCCGGGAGAUUUUCAGUGGUGUGGCCCAGAUAAGACAAGGUGGUGUGUGAAGUCAGUCAACAGAUUCUACUGUCUGCAAUAUCCAGCAGGAUCAUUGUUAACUCCAGAAUCCUGGUGGUUUGGAAACCCAAUUCCAAAAACAAAAGACUAUAAAAGAUAUGAACUUUGAAAAAGAGUUAAUUGAAUUUACAAAGGCAAAAAGUAAUUUAUCUCACAGUGGAAAGAAAGGCUUUAAACAUGACUUGUGUUGCAGAGUACAAACAGAAAGACCAACAAUCAACCAGUUAACAGAAGUCCAGCUGUGCUUGCAGCUGCUGGAAUUUUCUGACUGAAGUGUGGAUCUGUUUUUAUCCAAACCCUCAAACCCCAUCAAACCCCACCAUCGUCGUACUGAGUCCACUCAUAUUUCACAUACCAGUCUGCUACGUAUGAAACAUCGCUUCUCUUGAACAAAAUGUUUAACAUUAGUUGUCACUUCCAGCUGUUAAUUGAGACAACACAGAUUUAUAUUUCAUGUUUUUACUCUAUUUAAUUAAUAUAACUUUUAGAUGUGUAAAAGCAACCCCAAGUGUAUUAUGGGAAAAACAAAACAUGAAAAGACAGAACGA